AUAGAUAAGUCAGUGGAGUAAACACUUAUGGAAGUAAGAUAUAUAAGGAAGUUUUUUUCACUAUAAACAUCAGUAUUGAGUCGAUCCUCAAACAAUCGAAAUGGCAUUUAAAUCUACCCUCGUCUUGUGCGGAUUGGUCCUCACCAUCCAAAGUACUUUCUCACAAACCUACCGUGGAAACUCCGUGGUUGAGAACAAUGUGGUAGUGAACAAUGCUAACGCAGCCGGCGGUCUGGGAGCGACGUAUGGUGUUGCUGGAGGCGCUGCUGGAGCACUCGGUGCCGCCGGAGCACUCGGCGCAGCCGGAGGACUGGGCUGGGGAGUCGCUAGCGCGCCUGCGCUCGGACUGGGCUUGAACAACGGCUUGGGCGCUGGACUCGGCCUGGGCAACGCUGUAGUGGCAAGCCCAGCUUUCAUCGACCUGAUCAGUCUGUCUGCCGGAGGAGUGUUGCCGAUCUCCAGUGUGGGCCCCGUCGUCCCAGCCGGCCUCAACGUGGUGUCAGACAACGCGAUCGAAGGCGCUGUGCUGGUCAGCGGUCAGCUGCCGUUCUUGAGCGCUGUUGCCAUCGAAGGAGCCCUGCCUUCGGCUGGUUCCGGAGCCGCUUCUUGCGGCUGCGGUAACGGCAACAUUGGCAUAGUCAGCGAGACCGGAUCUACCGCUCUGCUGCCAGCUGCUGGCGGUCUUGGCCUGGGAGCCGCCGGUCUAGGCUUGGGUGCUGGACGCGGUCUGGGUGCCGCUGGACUUGGUCGUGCCGGUGCUGGUCAACUUGGCCUUUACCUGUAAAACGUUAAAAAAUGAAUAAAUAAAGCCGAUAACACACAA